AUGGCAGAAGACAAAGAACCUGGAGAGACCAGCAGUAUGGAGCUGAAACGGAUUGAGCAGUCACAUGACAUGGCCAUUAUUCAGCAGCAAGAGCCACAGCCGGCGCCACAGCCGCAGCCACUGUCGCUCACCCUCUCGCUCUCGCCCUCGCCCCCGCCCUCGCCAUCAGAGGUUAACUUACGGCCUCUUCCAGGUCAUCCUCCGCCCGUACCGAGUCCUGCCACCCCUGCAUCGUCUUGCCAUUUCCUUUUUCAUGACGCCUGCGGUUGCCACAAGGAGAAAUCCGCGCCUGUGUCGUGGCCCCUGCCCUCGCCUAGGGCUCUUAUUAUCUCAUCCCCUCCCCCCUCUGGUGUCUCCUCAUUUUCAGCACCCACGGUCCAUUCCUAUCUCAAUCAUCCCACCGAUCCUGUCCAGAAGCCUCAACAGGCAUACUUUAGCCCGCAUCGAGUCCCUUCGUCGUCCCGGUCCUGGGCCUCUGACCGAUUCUCUCCUGCCACCGCUUCGACUGAGACAGUCAACGAGUGCUGCGUGCCACCUUGCGCGCAGCCUCCCGAUACGCAAAAGAAGAUGGGGUUCUCAAAGACGCAGAGGAUCUGUAUUCUUCUGGGCAUAGAUUCUGUCUUUUUCGUUGUUGAAUUGGUCGUUGGUUAUGCGGUGCAUUCUUUGGCCCUGGUGGCCGAUUCAUUUCAUAUGUUAAACGAUGUCAUCUCUCUUUGCGUCGGACUGUGGGCAGUCCGUGUCGCCAAUACUGGAAGCUCCAAGAUGUACACUUAUGGCUGGCAACGCGCCGAAACAUUGGGUGCCCUUGUCAAUGGAGUCUUUCUGGUCGCCCUUUGCAUGUCCAUCUUCCUCGAAGCAAUCCAGCGAUUUGUCGAACCACAGCCCGUCUCCAACCCGAAACUCGUCCUCAUUGUCGGUUGUCUGGGACUUGCCUCCAACGUCCUCGGGCUUCUCCUUUUCCACGAACACAGCCAUGGUCCUGGCGGCGAGGAACAUUCACACGAGGAGGAUCCCGUGAAGUCUGCCGAAGAAGGCCAUAGCCAUGCCUAUGAGGACGAAUCGGAGACACAGAAAGUCGUGGACGAGCAUGGGAACAUCGAAGAUGUACUUCCCCAAUUCCGAGUGGGCACUUUCAGAAGCGCCGACCGCCGUGCUUUCACAAGGUCUGAUGAAGAGAACACAACCAUCUCAGCUAGAUCUUCGAACACGCCGACUCGUAAGUCGAUCGUUAAUGGCGAGAUCCAUCCUCGGCACCGCCGUCGCACAUCCGGUUCUUUUGGUCGAGGUUUCGGCUCGGUCGACAACAUCCACAUCCAUCCAGCCUCAUUCCGCCAGGAUAUUAUCCAAGCCGCACGGUUGGAAGAGCACUCUGAAUCUGAAGCGUCAGAAGAAGACGCCCUGUUGAUAGAACCGGAUUCCCCAGAGCAACGUCAGGCAACCUCCGCUAACGGUGUGCAAUCGUCUUCAAAGGAUGACAAGCGAUUUGCUGGCUAUGGCAGUAUAAGCAAACGAAAGAGUGUUGACUACAACCAUGCAGCACACAACCACAAUCAUCAACAUGAUGGCGCCAAAUCCGGCCAUGGGCACGGUGGACAUGGCCACUCUCAUGGCGAUCUGAACAUGCGCGGAGUUUUCCUCCACGUCAUGGGCGACGCCCUCGGGAACAUUGGUGUAAUAGUGACUGCCUUGAUCAUCUGGCUGACUACAUUCCCCGGACGCUACUACUUCGAUCCAGCAAUAUCCCUUGUCAUUACCAUCAUCAUUCUGGCCAGUGCCAUCCCACUCUGUAGAGCAGCAGGGCGAAUUCUUCUACAGGCAGUUCCUAUGGGCAUGUCCAUCGACGAGAUCACAGCAGACAUUGAGUCACUUCCACGAGUUAUUGAGGCUCACCACCUCCACGUUUGGCAGCUCAGUGAUACCAAGCUCGUGGCAAGCUUGCAUGUAAAGGUCGACUGCGAUAUCAACGGGACGGGAUCUGCCAGCUACAUGCAUCUAGCGCGGGAAAUUCGAGGCUGUCUACACGGCUACGGCAUCCACAGCUCGACCAUCCAGCCUGAGUUCGUGAAUGAAGGGGAUCCACAUUCUUUCGAACCUGGAUCUGAUCCGAAUGAGGGCGCUGGUAGUGGCCAUCUGACUCCAAAGAACAACGCGAACGCCAGUAAGACUGCAAGUCUUAGGAGUGAAGGCAACCAAGCAUGUUUACUCGAUUGCGGUGACAUGUGCGCUGGGAGCAAGAUGUGCUGUCCAAACGAUGGCAAGAACGCAAAGAAAUGA